UUGUCAACAACAACAGCGGCAGCGUGUAACGUGACUCACUGUGGAAAUAAUGAUGCUCCGAGUCUUACUGCUGUUCGUGGCCGCUGCCGGGGCGUUGGUGCUCGGCCUCCCUCAGCUCGAGGCCUCCGCCCCGGGCAGCGAGCCGUGCGCCGCCCCGCUGCAGUGGGAGGGCCGGUGGGUGGUGUACGACCACAGCUCCGGCAGGAACAGCCGGGCCGCGGUGUCCUAUGACGGACAGAAGCAGAGGAUCCGGGUCCUGCAGCAGCACAAGAAACACACUCCGUGUCAGAGGUUCUUUGAGUACAUCUACUUGUAUCAGAGCAGAGUGAUGUUCCAGAUCGACCAGAAGACCAAAGACUGCUCUAAGAUUGCCCUGACGGAGGACUGGGAUCCCUUUGACAUCCCAGAUAACUCCACGUUUGAGGAGCAGUACUUCAUCGGCGGUCCCGGGGACAGCGUGGAGGUUCAGGAGUGGUCGGACAGGAAACCAGCACGCCAGCAUGAGACCUGGGUGGGUGUUUACACCCUGAAGGACUGCUACCCGGUGCAGGAGACCUACACCAUCAACAGCAGCGUCACCACCUCCACCCGUUUCCUCAACCUGCAACUGGGCAUCAGUGACCCCAACGUCUUCACCCCCCCAUCCACCUGCCAGUCUGCCCGACCUGAGAGGAUGCUCGAGUUUGAGUGCUGAGGUCGCUCCAGAUCUAACCUUUGACCUCAGAUGACUAACAGCUGUUUGAGUCUAAAAUCACUCCUUUGUUGCCUAAUGUAGCUAAAACCCUGAAGGUUCAGCCGCUGUGGAAGAAGUACCUAAAUAACUGUCACUAUUGCUGAUUCUCAAGUUGAAUCUAAACUUACUCUUUGAUUUUGUUUAAUAAAUAAUAACAUGGUGGAA